AUGGCAAGCGUCACCAGACGGGACUUUUAUGCUUCUCACUCUCAUCACAUUCCAACAAUUGCUUUUCGAUUUCAGACGACAAAAGAAUUCGAAGAAUUUUAUGGAAGCCAAUUUUCAAUUUCUUUAUUUAUACAUGAAAAGCUUUUGAUUCGUGACUAUCAUGCCAUGACAUUGUUUCUCAUGCUGUUGACGACUUAA